AGCAGGGGAGAGAAGGGCGGAGAGGGAGCGAACCUCGCGAUCUGCAGCAGGCCGCGAGGGCUAUAUAAAGCUCGGGUCCCGGACCUGGUGGAAGGGGCCAGGAUUGCCAGCGAGCCAGCAGCAGCCUUCCUCCGAGCCCCGCUGCGUCAUGGAGACCGCGGGGAGCGCAGAGAGAGGAGCGGGCCAGCGCGCCGCCCCCUAUGGCCUGGCACGGCGCGGGGGCGCGGACUCCGGAUCCGCAGGCUUCUGGAGACCCUGGAUUGACGCCCGAGGCAAGAAAGAGGAAGCGGCGCAGCACCACGCCGCGGAGGCGAUGCCUGAUGGCCCUGGAAUGACCGAAGCCUUAGGAAAGCUGUCCCAAUACAGACACCCAGUCAGACUAUUUUGGCCAAAAUCAAAGUGUUAUGAUUACUUAUAUCAGGAAGCAGAGGCUCUUCUGAAAAAUUUUCCAAUUCAAGCCACAAUUUCAUUUUAUGAAGAUUCUGAUAGCGAAGAUGAAAUUGAGGAGCUGACCUGUGAAAAUUAAUGUGAUUAGUUACUUUUGAUGACAUUCAAAGCUUAUAGGAUUUAAAUUUAGUAUAUAAAUGUAUCAUAAUCCUUUUAAACUAAUUUAUUUGUAUAUAAAUUAUUAAUAAAAUGAAAUAUUUUGUAA